AUGGAUCGCCCUCCUCUCUCCCCGCCCUCUGAGCCAACACCCUCUCCCACAACCAAACCCGUCCCCAUGGACUCGACAAUCCGCACAACCCCAAUCCAUCCUCUCUUGCCCGACAUACGCAUCCCGGGAGAACCCUUACCCCUCUACAGAUACCACCCAGUCACCUGCGCCCCCAUAGACCCGGAAGAGCACCGCGCCCAGCUCGACGAACUGCGCCGGGAAUUCCCGACCCCCGAAGCGGCGCUCAAGGCGCAGGAGGAAGCAGCCAGGGAAGUCAAGCAGAAGAUGGAAGAGGCGGAGAGGAAGCGCGAAGACGUCCAGAAGGCCAUGGAUAAGAAGGUCAAGGAACGAAACACCGAGUUGAAGGUUCUUUCGAAGUACCAGGCCGUCAAGACCUAA